ACUGGGCUGCAGUGUCAGUGUGUGCUCUGCUGGGGAGUGGAGAGUAUUUUCCUCUCUCUCUCUCUCUCUCUUUCUCUCCCCCCUCCUCUCUCUCACCGUCGAUCAUGAUGAAGAGCAAGAACAAGGAAGAAGAAGAGGUGUCUGGGACAUUCACAUGGGUGAUCGAAAACUUCUCUAAGCUCAAGAACGAAAAUCAUUACUCUGACGUUUUCACCAUCGCUGGUUUCAAAUGGAGGAUCCUAGCACGGCCGAAGGGCAACGAAGUAAAUUCCGAAAUGCACUUCUCCAUGUACUUGUGUGUCCCAAGUGCUUCAACUCUGGAACCUGGUUGGACUAAAUUUGCCCACUUCAGCUUGAGUGUGCUCAAUCAACUGGACAGCAACAAGACAAUCACAAUGGCUACAAAGGGCUCUUAUAAAGAGUUCAAAGAACACAGUAGUGAAUGGGGCUUCAAAUCAUUCAUGCUGCUCAGUGAACUUUAUGACAAGACUGCAGGUUAUCUCGUGAAUGAUAAAUGCAUUGUUGAAGUGAAGGUCCGUAUUCCAAUAGACCAAAGAGCAAAUGGUUUUGCAGAAUCUGCACUUAUGGAGCCCAUAAAGAAAGAGCGUGGUGGGCAGGAACCUUCACAUGUGCAUUCGGUGCAUACUCCAGAAUCUUCUCCUACACCUAAGACACCAAGUUCAGAACUGCCGACUCCUUUCCAAGAAACAUCAGGUCCUGAACAAGUUUGCACCAAGGCUAUUGUUGAAAGCCUUCCUGACCCUUCUCUAGUUAAGGAGCUUGAGGAAAUUCCCACCAAACCAACAGGGGAGCUUUUGGAAUUUCGUGGGUUGGGACUAAUAGAGAAAGCUUUCGUUCCACUGCUGGAGGAAGCUUGUUCAUUGCAUCCUUCAUUGAUUGAGUGCGUACGUAAGAAGAAUCGUAAAGUUGUAGAAUGUGCUUUGACAGCGCUCGGAGGGCUCUUGCAUUUUCUUAAAACAACAAAGGUCAAGGAUAUGAAUGGGGAUGCCUUUACUCAUCUUCGAAGUUUAUGGGAGGAUGUCGAGAUGUUCAGAUUUGACUUGGCUUGGCUGGAGCCACAUGUUCAAUCGGCUUUGGGUAUGAAGAAAUUUCUGGAAAGGGCAAGGAGAGUGAAGAGGUUGAGAGAAGACGUUGAAGCUUUGGAUAAUGAGAAGAAGAGGCGGAGUGCUGCCCUUGCUGUCACAGAGGCAGAGCUUGAGGAAGCAAAGAGAGAGUUGGCUAAGGAGGAAGAGGGCUUCAACGAGAAAGAUAUGGAUUCUGAGCUAGGUUGUGGUGAGUUAGUCCUAUCAUAGAAGUUUCUCUUUGAUAUGAGUUGUAGGACGGACAUAUGAGAGAGAUAGACAUGUAUAGUAAGCUAGUUUUGGGAACCGUUUAUAUAUUUCACGGUUUACGACUAGUUUUGUGCACCUUCAUCAACUUCCUGGUCUGAUCGAUUAGGCAGGAUGUCCGUGUUGAUAGCCUUUGUUCAAGUGAGUUAUUUGAAUUUACUUUCGUCAAAAAUGCAUCUUUUACUUUGAUAUUGAUGUAAGAACAAGUUUAUAACACCUUAUCCAAGAAUCAAGGAUUCAUCCAAUUGAAUCACAA